AAUGUCAACAGAGUAAAAUGGAAAAUAAUGAAAAUAUAAAACGUGCACGCAAUUUCAGCGACUUUGACAAAAACGUUUUGUUCGAAAUUGUGCAAAAUUAUUUGCAUAUUGUUGAAAAUAAAAAAACUGAUGCCUCAAACGUUAAGCUAAAAAAUGAAGCAUGGGCAUCAAUAGCCAGACAAUUUAAUUCUACUUGCCAAAGUGGAAUUAGAACUGAAAAACAGCUGCACGCUUUAUAUGAUGGCAUUAAGAAAAAAGCAAGGAAAAAUAUGUAUCAUGACAAGAAAGAAACAUAUAAAACUGGUGGUGGUUUAUUUACCCCGAAGAGUGAUAAUCUGGACUCAAAAAUUGUUCAAACAUUAGGGGUUCAGUUUCAUUCACUGCCAAAUCCUUUUGAUUCUUCUGCAGAUUAUUUAAACGAAGAAGUUAUGCCUGGUUCGGAAGACAGAAUAAAUCUAGGAACUUGUCAACAAGACUGCAUACAAGUUAACAAAUCAGCAGAAACUAUACAAAUGGACAUAGGAAUAGAGUCACAAAUGAGCGCUGUUAAAUCUAUGGAAGUUAAUACAGGAGAGGAAGAACAAACGGUAAAAGUUAUAGCUGUUGAGGUAGUGGAACCAUCGUCAAUGUUGCAAACGCCAAUGAAGAAACGAAAGAUCCUUGCAUCAGCUGGAAAGUUAUCUGAAAAAAAAGAAUCAUAUUUAAGUACACUUAGUAAAAGAAUAGUAAACAGAAAGAACAGUAAAGAUUAUAAUGAUGAUAAAAUUAGGAAUAAAAAAUUAUAAAUAUUAGACAAAGAAGAGUCAAUAAAAUAUAAAGAGUUAGAAAUGAAAAAUAUGGAGCUACAACAUAUGAGAAGAAAGUAUGAUAUAGAAAUGCAACACAUGCAAGCAAAACAAAAAUUAGAAUUAGAAAUAAUGGGGACUGAGUUAAAUAUAAAAAAAGCUGAAUUAAAAGA